CGUGUCUUUGGUGGUAAAAAUCCUACGAUACAACAGUGCAAUGCAAUAACUCGCUGCCAUGCAAUUAUUGAAUACCAAAUUUCAGCCUUUUCUUUUAUCUCGUGUCUUGGAUGAAGUAAAUGACUAAAGACUCUGCAUCAUCUGCACUAAAUUGUCAGUCUCUGGCAGACGGGUGAUCCGUCUCCAGUAUAAAUAGUAACGAAAUACAUGCUAUACUUUGUAUCACCCAUGACCCAUAGCAAAAUCAAAUGAUUUAAUGUCUACCAAGGGAACCUUAAAUAAGGAAUAAGGAGUUAUAUCAUUGGAGGUAAACUCUGAGUUUAUUUUUUCUGUCUGAGCAUCUGAGUGAAGAGCCAGCUGAAACGAAGACAAAGAGUUUCUUAUUUACCUUAGAUCACCGAACGGCGAACUAAAACCUCGGAAAAUGCAAAAAUUACUUGGAGACCUGUCGACGAUUAUCAGUUAGGAUUGACACUAGGAAGUGUAUCAAGUGUUUGUAAAUAUCUGCAGUAACUGAGGUCCCUUACUUCCCAUUUAGUGAUGCUGCAUAAGGCAAGGGCGCAGUAAAACACUGUGUUUGUAGGUAUUGUAUGUAUAAUUUACAAUACAGCGAUAUGGUAUUUAACCGAUAUUGUAAGAUUUUAGAUUUAGCCACCCUAGAUUACCCUAUAUACAACUUUCCAGCCGUUCAAAGUCGGUGAAAAGGUCUAGUGAAAAGCGGGCUGGUUCCCCAAUUUUUCUUCUGCGCAGACUCAUCAAGCUAAAUAAUUAUUCAAGUGUGUUGACACCAACACAGUGGGAUACACGAGUCGUUUGUAUUUAUAUUUAAAGUUUACAAUAUAAGCAUAACGUACAUUUAUUUUGCUGGACGUUCGCCUAGUAAUAUGGAUAAAAUAUCAAACAGAAAGACUUAGAGUUUAAUAAUGUCAGCUUUACGGCAGAUAGAUCUAUUGCCUGCCGGCUGUCAGCCAUGGAACUUAGAUGUAUGUGCCACUAGCACGGAACGAUUUGCAUAUUGUUCUACCCUUGCUAUCUAUAUUUAUGAAUACCAUGCAAAAUAUAACGAAUAUAAAUUGGAAUGUAUAAUGUCGGAGCAUCGAAAAACUAUUACAACAAUAGCCUGGCAUCCUUUUGACAAUGACUUGAUUCUCAGUGCUAGUGUUGACCCAAGGAUUUGUGUUUGGAAUGUUAGAACGCAAAAACUAGUUGCAUCUUUCACAAAUUUAAAAGGUGCAAUUCCAGCCUCAUUAGGCUGGCAUCCUACAGAGGCAUCAACAUUUGGUUUUAUAUGUGGACGUGGGCCACUUCAAUUGUUAGAUGCUGAAGAGUCAGACGGGCGAACCAGAGCGGUAGAAGCGACGAUUUUUCUCUCUGAUGUUUCCCAUUUUUCCUGGAAUUAUAAACAUUCUCGUAAAUUGGCAUUUGGACAUGUUGAUGGAAGUAUCAGUAUUCUUUGGACACAAGAGAAAAUUGAUCGACAUAAUCUUAAACCAGAAUCCGAAGAAGGCGCAACGGAAGAUGAUCCAGUAAUUAGUCUUCAAUGGGAUAGUUUAUCUUCGGAUUAUUUACUUGUAACAAAUUUAAAUCAUGGAAUAAGGUUAAUUGAUACAGAAAAUAUGUUUGUGAUUAUGAAAUUUCAGUCCCCUAGUGCAGUUUCGCGUGUUAAUUCCGUGGUUUGGGUUCCCUCUGGACCUGGGAUGUUUGUAUCGGGAGAUGCCCAAAGUGGAGUUCUAAGAGUAUGGAACGUUUCAAGGAAAACUCCCGUGGAAAAUAUUAUUUUAAAAAAAACUGGAUUUCACACCAUACGCUUGGUUCCAAGAAUCAAGCCACCUACAAAAUCUGAGUCUAAUUCAUGGAAUUCUCACAUUUCCUCGACAUCUGUUGCGCAUGAUCCUCCUAGUGCUCCUAAUUCAGAUUCCUUUGUUUUACCACCUGCUGAUAUUCUGUGUACAUUCAUCGAUGGAGGGGUAGGACUGUAUAACUUGGAUAAAAGGAAAUGGAGUUUUUUGCGACAAAUGGGUCAUACUGAAACGAUAUUCUGUUGUGAAUUUCAACCUGAAAAUUGUGACAUAUUGGCUACAGCUUCGUUUGAUGGAACUGUAAAACUUUGGGAUGUAACGACCAUGGAUGUUGUAAAUUCCUCGUCUGGUAAUGAAGGAAUUAUAUAUUCAUUGUCAUGGUCACCAGGCAACUUAAAUUGCAUUGCUUGUGGAACUGGCAAGAAGGGAAUAUUUGUGUGGGAUGUGACUCAUUCGAGAGUUGUCAGCAGAUAUUUGGAGCACGGCAGUUCUCCAGUGUAUUCUGUCGCCUGGAACCGUAAAGAUUCUCAACUUCUUGCCAGCACAUGUGGUGGGGGAUUAUGCAUAGUUCGAAAUAUUGAUGGUAAAUUGGUGCAGAAAUAUAAACACCCUCGAGCAGUAUAUGGUUGUGACUGGAGCCCAAACAACAGGGAUAUGAUAGCGACAAGUUGUGAGGAUAAAUGCAUCCGAAUUUUCUACAUUGCAGCAGGAACCGAUCAACCCUUGCGAACAUUCAAAGGUCAUACUGCGAAAGCGUUUCAUGUUCGUUGGUCCCCUCUCAGGGAAGGUUUUCUCUGUAGUGGUUCAGACGAUACAACUGUACGUAUAUGGGAUUAUUCUGAGGAUGACUGUGCUGGUGUUUUAGAAGGUCAUACUGGUCCAGUGCGAGGUUUAUUAUGGAAUCCUGAAAUACCUUAUAUUUUACUUUCUGGUAGCUGGGACUAUAGUAUCAAAGUCUGGGACACAAGAACAUUGUCUUGUCUUGAAACUGUGUUUAAUCAUGGAGCUGACGUUUACGGACUAGCAUGCCACCCCCACCGACCGUUUAUGGUUGCAUCAACAUCACGUGACUCAACUGUGCGGCUGUGGUCUAUGGCAACAUUGGCUCAUCCCAUCUCAUUAUCAAUCCUUGCCCAACGACCAAGCGAUGAGAUAUUUGCAAAGAAUAUUGAUGAUGCCUUAAAGUCAGAAAACGUGCCUUUGCUCGCAGGCCAGCAUUCGAAAGAAAUUCAAUUUUCCGGACUCUUCAAGGAAAGCUCACCAUUUAUUUCCCUGUACAAAAAUACAUCACAGUUGUUUUCGACACCACGUGGAACGCGCAACCUCUGGGAUCUCAUUGCGGUGCUAUCUGGGGAAGAUAUGACCCUUCUUUCACGUUCCUAUAGCAAAGGGAUUAUCCACAUCAAACAUUUGCUACAAAUAAAAUACUCUGAAGCACAGGAACUUGAAACUGUGAAAAUGUCAGGUUUCAGUGGAUCUCGAAAGAAAAAUGAUAAAUUAAAAGCUGCAGCGAAUAUUCAUGUAAAGAUUGGACACAUGCAAAGAUAUUGUGAACUUAUGGUGGAAAUGGGUGAGUGGGACAAAGCACUCUCGUUUGCUCCUGGUGUUUCUUUGGAUUAUUGGAAGUCACUUAUGGAAAGACGUGCAAAUCAACUGGUCAAUGAGGGAAAUGAUAUAGCGAUCCCCUAUUGUUUGGCAAUUGGAAAUGUCCAAAAGCUUUGUGAGUUCUAUAAAGAACGAGGUGAAUUUCAAGAAGCCGUGCUGGUCUCUCUUGCGACGAAAGACCUCAGCAUGAACAAUAGAAAGAGUAAUGACUGCAAACGGUUUGACCUAAAACGUAAUGAUGUAAAAGAGAAUCGCGUCAACGAAGUACCUCAUGAAAGGCAAAAUAAACUAUUAAUGGAGUCAUCGUCUCUCUUGGCUGAUUGGUAUUUCGAAAACAGUCAGCCAGUUAUUGCGGCCUGCUGUCAUCUCGCAGUCAAUGAUAUUUCGAGUGCAUUACGUAAACUUCUUCGCGGAAAUGAGUUGGAGCUGGCGUUUACAGUAGCUCGUGUUUUGGACGUUCAAGGUGAACUACUACAAAUACCUGUCUGCUAUUUAUCAAAAAGAUGUGAAAAGCUUGGAAGAUGGAAUUUGUCCGUUGAUUUACUGAAUAUCGUGGAUGGUUGUCAAGAUGAGUUGUGGAUGUUAUGUGCUCGUUGUCCAAGUCCGACAGCUGUUAUUGAAAACGUUCACCGAAUGGCUGGUAUUCCUUCACUUUCUGAAUGUUUUCAAAAAGCUGAAGAAUUACUUGCUGAACAAAAGUACCACGAAGCACUAAAAUACUAUCUUAUAUCGACAACCCCAGAGAUAUCUUUGGAUAUUGGCUUAAAUCUGAUAAGAGAUAUAAUGUUGAAAGAAUACUGGAACCUUAAAAAUGUUUGUGAUAUUCUCAAACUGUUGUCUUGUGUUCGGACUGAAAAACUACAAAGUUCCAAAAUGUCUAGGCAAAAGCACGAACUUAUUGUACUCAGUGCUUAUAUUGGAGCAUUGGUAGCAAUACAGCGAAAAUACAAACCAAUUGUCAUGUUACUCUUCAAUCACGCAAGGUUUUUAAUAAAUAAGGAAAAAGUUAAUCUUCCUGUUACUGGAGUUCAGAUUGAAAAUGAAAGUAAAGCAUGGCUGUAUCACGAUAUUGAACAAGAGAACUCCAAAGAUACAGAGGAAUUGAAGAGAACAUGGAGUAAUAUGAAUAGACGAAUAGGUGUUUGUAAGAGUGAUCUUGAAUGUGGAACAGACAUUGUGGCUGGUUCUCAUCUUCCCCAAAAUUCAAACACAAAGCCUUCCAUUCUGACCGGAGAACAAAUCAAGGGCCCAGUGUUUAUUUUAGAAGAUGGUGAAUCGGUUAUGUCUUUAAAUAAUGCGAUCAUGUGGGCGAAAGUCAAUCCAUUCUCGCCGCUUGCUACUGGAGAAAGAAUAAAUCCGUUUUAAAUUAGAAAGUAGCUUAUAUUUGUCUCCAACUGAUGAAACACACUGUCAAUGCUGUGAAUACGACAUUAAAUAUAGUAACGAGGGCGGGGGGUACCAUGUCUCAAUAUUUUAAUAUUUUGACAAUAAGUAUUGAUAUUGAUAGUUUUACAAAACGUCGUACUACCACUACCAGUACCAAAAUUGUAUACUGCGAUUCUAUUCACUAUUGGCAUUGCCUUUGUUUGGCCUCUUCUAAGACUAAGCAAAUACCGAAAGUAUCAAAUAUUUGGCAGAAGUUGAAGUCUAGAAGUUAAAAUCGUGUUACUUUGCCUUGGCUUAGGACAGCAUUUUACGGUAAAAUGCGCCACUCAGCAUAGAGCCAUAGUUUCAUCAAACAAGCUUACAAGGACAAAACGCAUUGAAACAGUAACAUUCUGAGUAUAUGUCAGAAUGUAAAAUAAUAAACUUCCCUGUGCCUAUAGCAAUGGAUAGCCACAGGGUACUUUCUGCUAUUAUAUAUAUUUGUAAUACCAAGCAUUCUACAAAAUUGUACCCACACGAGCAAACUCAAUAGGAAAGCAAGACCACAACUUGUAUUAACAUAAUACUAAUUAGCGACCCGACUCUGGUAUAUUAAAUCGCAUUAACUUCACAGCCAUGGUUGCAAAUUGUAUAAUAAAUAUUCAGCAAAAUACAAAUAUAAUCAGCUCAAAGUUAAUGCAAUAAUGGAUCCUAACAAACUGUGUUUGUUUCUAGCAUUUUCACGGCGCCAUUUUUCUUCAUUUGAAAUACUUUUAGCAAACACGCACAAGCGGUAUUAUUGAAACAAUUUGAAUAUGUCAAAGUGUAAUAAACUGCA